AUGGCUCGACGCUGGGCGCGCAAGCUCGAGCGCACCUGUUGCGCCGCAGCUACCUACUUCCCUCUGCUUUUCGUCUAUGGAUUGACUAGUUGGGCUGUCUUUGUACUGGUGACACUCAGCACCGAGUCCUCUAAGGUGAACUGGCUUGGCCGGUGGACAGGCGUUAUUGGUGUCUCCCUCUAUGUUCUAUUGAACUGGUCUUACACCACCGCCGUCUUCACUUCGCCCGGCAGCACUACCAACGAGGCCGGCUACAGCACACUCCCGACACACGCCCAUCCGCCCUCGACCUCGUUCACUGUCAAAUCCAAUGGCGAACUGCGCUUCUGCAAAAAGUGUCAGGCCCGCAAGCCUGACCGCGCUCACCACUGCUCCACCUGCCGCCGCUGCGUGCUCAAGAUGGACCAUCACUGCCCUUGGCUGGCCACGUGCAUUGGUCUACGAAACCACAAGGCCUUCCUGUUGUUCCUCAUCUACACCACCCUCUUCAGCCUUUUCGCGUUUGGCGCCUCGGCCGUUUGGGUGUGGGUCGAGAUCAUGAAUAACACCACGUACGUCGAGACCCUCAUGCCUGUCAACUAUAUUAUGCUCUGCGUUGUCGCCGGCAUCAUCUCCAUUGUCGUCGGCGCUUUCACUUCCUGGCACAUAUACCUGGCCUCGCGCGGCCAGACCACCAUUGAGUGCCUUGAGAAAACCCGCUACCUCUCUCCCUUGCGCCGCACUAUGCAGAACGCCUACAUUGCCCAGCACACGGAAGGCCAAGGCGUCCAGCUGCCAAGAUACGGCCAGCAGCUUCUCGAUCUCCACCAGAAUGUCUUGCCGGGCAUUACGAGGCCGGAGGAGGGAGUGGAUCUUCGGCCGUCCCCCGCCUUGCACUCAUCGUGGCAGCAACAGGGCAGCGGCAGCGACCACGACGCUCGCGACCUUAACCCUGAGCUCCAGGGCGGAUCUCGCCGCUUUACCUACGACGAGAUGGAGCGGCACCGCGCCCGUAAGCGCUACGAAGAGUACCUGGAUGAACAGGAUUCAGUGAAGCUUCCCAACGCAUUCGAUCUCGGCGCGCGCCGCAACCUGCUGCAUCUGUUUGGCACGUCGCCGUGGCUGUGGGGACUACCAAUUUGCAACACGACUGGCGAUGGCUGGAGCUGGGAGCCGAAUCCGAAGUGGAUCGAAGCCCACGAUCACCUGGCCCUGGAACGCGAGGAGCAGCGCGUGCGGGAGCGGGCAGCCGGGUGGGGGGGAGAUGACACAUCAGAACCAACUCUUCCUUGGUCUCAGCAGCAGCAGCAGCAACAACAGCAACAACAAGAGCACCAAAGCAGCCAGAAACCACCAGCAGCACAGGCUAGCUACCACAAUUCGCAUCUCCAGCCGGCUCAGUACAGCAGCCCCAGCCCGGUCUCAUCGCCCGGCCGUCGCACGCCGAGCAAAGCGGACCGCAUCUUGGGGCGCGAUCCGAACAUGUACGAGGAUGACCCCUUUACGUCUCCAGAAGACCAGGACUCCGUCUCCAUGCGGCGGUUGAGUCCAAGAGGGCGCGCUCUCGGCGGGGCUGACGACGAGGAUGACUACGACGACCAUGAAGACGAGGGCGAUGCUGUAAGGCGGCGACAGCAGCAACAACAACAAGCCGAGGCCGAGCGCCGUGCACUGGACGUGGUAACCAACGGCAGGUGGGGCCGCAUGGGAGGAGGAGCUGCCGGCAGUGGCGGCGUCGGCGGUGUUCCUGGGUUGUUGGGAAGGCCCUCGCCACCCGCGGAUGGCACAGGGACCCGCAGGGGGUUCCCGACUCGUGCUGGCAGUAACAACAAUGCCAAUGACGAUGACGAUAGCGGCGUUGAUUAA